GUCUCUUGCAGUGAAAAGGGGCUCAAGAUAUACGUAUUUUGUUUUCUUUUUUUGUUGUAUCUGGCGAAGGUGAGAUGAUGUUCCCAAGUGUUCUUGCGCCACCCGCGAUGUAUCCGAAUCUUUUGCGUCCCGUUACUGCGCUGACUUUGCCACCGUCUUUGCAGUCCGCGUUUAGCACUCACUCUAGCUUCCUGGUGGAGGACCUGUUGAGGAUCAGCCGGCCAGCCAGUUACAUGCACAGGACAAUUCCUUCCCCGAGUGCCUCUCCCCCUGCAACUGGAACCACGACAUCUGUGGCGGACCACAUCUCCAUCUCCACCUGCAUGUCUAAAAGAACCGCCUCGCCACAAACCUCCUUACCCAACAGCGACCCCAACUACUUGAAGUUUGGGGUGAAUGCCAUCUUGGCCCCAUCACGCAACGCAUCAUCGCCACCCUUGGUGACAGACGUGCACAUGAAAAACAUUCCUUUCUCAUAUUUUGAUGGGUCGUUUCAACCGUUUAUCAGAGCAUCCUACUUCCCAGCAUCAUCUGCAGUGGUACCUAUCCCGGGGACAUUCUCGUGGCCCCUUGCAGCGAGAGGGAAACCGAGACGGGGCAUGCUGCGGCGGGCUGUGUUCUCCGAUGUUCAACGGAAAGCUCUAGAAAAGAUGUUUCAAAAACAGAAGUAUAUCAGCAAACCUGACAGAAAGAAGCUCGCUUCAAAACUUGGACUAAAGGAUUCCCAGGUGAAAAUAUGGUUCCAGAACCGACGAAUGAAAUGGCGCAACUCCAAAGAGCGCGAACUUCUGUCGUCUGGAGGAUGCAGAGAGCAAACUCUGCCGACAAAAAUGAAUCCAAACCCAGACCUUAGUGACGUGGGGACAGGGAACAAAACCUGCGAGGAUGAACUGGAGGCCUUCAGAGGCGAAUCACCGCGCCUAAAGUACUGUCACUCACACCAGACGCAUCAACAUUUCAACAGCACUGAAUCCAACCCAAUGUCACCGACCAGCUCAAGCAAACAUUCAGACUUCUCAGAAUCUGAAGAUGAGGAAAUUACAGUGUCUUAAAUUUGUACACAAGUUAUACAUUAUUUUAUAGUCCACUCGAUUUAUUUACAAAAAUGUUUUGAUAUUAUUGCAAAAGAGGAUGUCCCCUUUACAGUAACAUUGCAACACGUCUGCCCAACAUCCCUAUUUUCUGGGACAAUAUUUGGCAUGGUAUCCAUAAAAUAUUACUUGGAAUAUUUUAAUGUUACUAUAAGGUACACGUCUUUCAUACACCUCGCUGUGUUUUGGCAGCCAAUGACGUUUGUAUAUUGAUUUGUAUUAAUGUUUGUAUGUUUAUAAGCAAACACCAAGAGUGUUGUAAUCAAGAUGUAUUGAAGUAGACUUAAUGCAUUUAAUCAGACAUGUAGAGAUGUAAAUUAAAGACCUAUAUUUUGUAAAC